AUGGCAAUACUCAAAUAUCCAACUGAAUUCAUGACAUUUAAUACUUUGCUAUCUUCUCCCAAAAUGUUAAAAACAAACUCCUCCUCUAUACAAUCUACUCUACCUCUUUUAAAUCAAAUAACAAACUCAAAAUUCAAUUUCCAUUUGGAAAUCCUUGCUCAAUGUCUAUGGUUAAGCAGUUGUUGUUUCCUUGUAAAAUUUUAUAUUUGGUUAGGACUGAUUGGAUUAAUAUCGAUAUCACAAGUAUGCUCUCUCAAUAAAGAUAUCCUAUCAUUAACUUGUUGUUCUUUUAUAUAA